UACAGCGCUUGCUAAACCUAUAUAAAAACUCUUAACAAAUACAAGUAAGUGCACUGCAGUUAUAUAGACGUUGCAAAAAGUUAGCAGAAUGGAUCGUCGACGAGAAGAAGACAUAGAAAUGGGUGUGAUGAAUAGGGGAUAUUCGCAUGAUGAAGACCAAGAUUCCAAUGAGAUGAGACGCGCCUUGAACCAGGAGGAGAAGGAGGAGAGAACACCAAGGAACGUAUGCUGGUAUACGUUCACUCGUGUUUUGUCAGCGCUUCUGAUAAUUGGGAACGUCGUUUUGGAUUGGCUUCAAUAUUUUGACAUUAAGGACCCAAUCACUGAUAUCAAGGACAAACUUUCUGAUAUCAUUCACGCACCUGCUUCGUCCGAAGGUUUGAGUACCAGUGAUCCAUUACCCAAAAACGCAUCAUACUGCACGGAUGACUCAGUAAAAGAUGAACUGACGAAAAAGUUCAUGUACUUUACCAUUGCUGGAUCCGUUCUCUCUGCCUUUCAACUAGCCAAGAUAAUUUAUCAGAUAGUUUUAAAUCACAAGCGUGACCCAGCAGAGACGAUACCAGACAAAAUUGAUGGCAAAGUUGAGGUCUUCUUCACAACAUUGUUUGUGGAGAUUCCACAAAACUACCUACUCCUUAAGUACGAUAACAUCAUAUGUUUUAACUGUGAGAUAGAGUGGAAUGGAAAGAAAAUUAAGCGCUUUUUAAACGGCCUUGGCUCUGAACUAGCCAGUGUUUGGCGCUAUAUCACCAGUAGCAAAUGUUGCGAUGGAAGUGGUGGAGUUGUCAAACGUAAAGUUCAACGCAGCAAUUGCUGUUGCUGUAGUUGCUGUAGUGGAGCCCUUUGCACAAGAAUGUUUUGGACCUGCGUGGAAGGCUGGUUUCCUUGUGUCAUUCUCUGUCGGGGGUAUGAGGGAUGUUCUUAUUUGACAUGCAGCUACUUAACGUAUAAUAGCGGCUUCUUCUGGUGGAAUUGUUGUCCAUUUGCCUGCUGCUACUCCUGUUGUGAGGGUCCGAAGUGUAAAUCUUGUGAAGAUUGCUUCAAAUGUGACAAUUGCUGCAAAUGUUGCGACAAUUGUUGCAAAUGUUUCGACAAUUGUUGCAAUUGUAGCGACGUGUCGUGUGGUCAGUGUUUGAUUGAUUGUCUACUCAGCAUCAUUCGAUUUUUCGGUGGAAUAUUUACGACAUUAUAUACUGCUAUGUAUGUUUUACGUGUACUGGAGUAUUUCUGUGUGGUUCUCCCGACAGAGUUUGCUGAGGCAUUUGUUAGCAUUAUGGAUACCGUGUUUGGUUGGAUUUUAAACUGACAUUAUUUUGGCGGUCUUCUUUUUAAAGAACAAGGUUAACUUUUGCCUUUUUUUUGCCUUCAGAAUUUCUUUAAAACUGAAACUGCUUAGUUUUAGAUAACAAUGCAUUGAAUAUCUUUUAGAUAUUUGGUGAUUGCUUAUCUUUCAAACAUGACGUAAUUUUCUGGUUAGUCAAUGCAUUGUGACAUUGUGAAAUGCGUCAAUUUCCUCAUAUUCUGAAAAAGUCUACAAAAAGGCCAAUUUUAAAAGCUAUUUUUGAUAUUUAAUAUAGAGCGCAACCUUUUAUUUAAAAUAUGCAACUAGUAAACGACAGAACUGAUUCUUAGGAUUCAAAGACAUGUUUUAUUCUUUAGAUUAUAGAGUGCGCUCAUAUUAUUUUUCUUUAUUGAAAGUACUCAAGUAUACUUAUUUACCUUAAAAUUCAUGAACAUUGCAAUUUUAAAAAGCCAGUUCUCCAAGACCUGGACUUUUAGGAGAAAUUUUUAAUAGAACUGAAAGCACCUAGUCUCUGUUUUAUUUUAAUACUUCAAAUGGAAAAUCAAGUGUUAAUCAAUCAAUUUGUAAAGCUACAUGGCCAUUUUAUGCAUAGCGUAAACAAAGCUAUUUCUG